CUUCCACCCGCCCCCUUUCUUUUACUCGGCUCUACAAGGGUCGUAGUUCUUGGCAAUUCCAGACUGUUCUCCUCUCCAGCAUGUUCGCUUUCUAGUGUACAGAAGUCCCGCGCAUAGCUUCCACUCGUUAUCUAGCCGUUUGCGCCGCGUGUCAUUCCGCGGCGAGCUCGUAUCCGCCCGCAUAGCUCGGAGGCCACCCUAUAAAGUAUAUAGAUCCACGACACUGAAGUCGGAUGCGCAAAGCAUUCCUUCACUAAUACAGCAUGACUUCCAACCCCCAGCGACCGUCAUCGCAGCCACACAUCUCCGGCGAAUUCCCCGGCGACAACGAGCUGUCUCCCGAGACCGAUCUUUCCUCGCUGCCGCAGGCCGUCAAAGCCAGAAAGUCCGAAUAUACCCGACAACAAUCCAUCCGAGUCAAGGUCGGCACGUGGAAUGUGGCUGCCAUCCCCGGCACCGAGGACGACAUCGGGAACUGGUUCGUACAACAGAAGGGGGUAUGCGAGCAACUGUCCGGGUUGCGGGUCACAGAUUUGCAGGGAGGAGACAAGCCAGACAACUCAACAGGUGGAGAGACGGAGUCAUUGUCUGAGACUGCGCCGGACCAGAUCGAUCUCUACGUUCUUGGAUUACAGGAGAUUGUGGAUGUCUCGUCGCCUGCGGAAGCGCUGAGACCGUAUGUCGAUCCUGCGCCUGCGAAUCGGUGGAAAGCGGCGCUUGAAAAGGCCUUGCCGCCGGGAUAUAAGCUGAUUGCUGAGACACAGCUGGUGGGCUUGCUGCAGUUGGUGUAUGCGUCUCCAUCCUUGGCUAGCCAGGUAUCGUCCGUCAGCUGCACCAGUGUGGGUACGGGGCUUCUAGGGUACAUGGGUAAUAAAGGCGCUGUUGCGACUCGCUUGGUGCUCGGUGAAACGACAUGCGCUGUCUUCGUCAAUUGCCACCUGGCCGCUGGGUCGGAUAAGAACAGUCUGGAGCGGCGGAAUUGGGAUGCUUCGCAAAUAGUCACACGGGCUCGCUUCGAACCCAUUGACCCGAACGCCAGUCUUCGGGAAGACCCCGCUGAGAGCAUCGGGCAAGAGGACUUUGCUUUUUGGUUCGGUGAUCUAAAUUAUCGGCUGGAUGAUAUCCCCGGCGACGACGUGCGGCGAGUGCUGGCUCGACAUACAGCGAAUGAUUACGACAAUCGUCACAGGCUACGGGUAGAUGCCAAUGACCGUACCGCAUCACCGCAGGUAAAUGUUAAAGACGUCGAGAAUCGUCGAUCGUCCAGUCAGGAGGAGAGAAGCAGCAGCUCCGGUCCACCUGUUUCGGACGAAGACAUCGAUCCGCAUACAGAUCCCGCGUCUUUACAGACCACAAUCUCGUCAUUACUGCCGCAUGACCAACUCAAGAUGCAGCAGAGCAAGCGAAAGGCUUUCCAUGACGGAUGGCGAGAGGGUCCGAUCACCUUCCUGCCGACCUACAAGUACGAUGUAGGCAGCGUGGGCCGAUUUGAUUCUAGUGAGAAGAAUCGCGGGCCCAGUUGGUGCGACCGGAUCCUAUUCCGAUCGCGCAAGGAUAAGCUGAGGUCUGAGAGACUGGCGAAGGAAGCCGAAGUGGCUAGGAAGCGCGACGAGGAGAUGAAGGCCAGGGGCCUAGACAAGGCGGCUGCCGAUGACAAUGUCUUGUUUGAUUAUGACCCAGAUGUUGACGGAGCCGACAGCGGAGAUGAAUAUGAUCCGGACAAGGAGGCCAACGAGGAUGAUUCGUUCGUGUCGGCCACUGAGGCUGAUGAGUCGCUUCAACUAGAUUACUACCUGUCCCAUCAAGGAAUCCUCUCAUCAGACCAUAAGCCUCUAGCGGCGGGUUUCACAUUGACCUUUGAAUCUGUGGACCCACAGGUCAAGGCCAAGAUUCAUCAGGAAGUGGUUCGGGUACUGGACAAGGUCGAAAACGAGUCUCGUCCAGGACUCACUGUUGUCGUCGACCAUCACGGUAGUCAACCAACGAGCGAAGACCCCAACGCCGUGAAUUUCGGAGAUGUGCCUUUCGAUGUCCCCGUCACUCGAACCCUGACAGUCGCAAACACCAGCGGUGUAUCCGCAACAUUCUCCCUGGAGAAGCCGGAACAAGAUGCUUCCCAACAGGAUGCUUCCUGGUUGGAGUACCGGGUGCAUCACUCUGAUUCGGAAGACUCGAAACAGAAGCUGCCGACGAACGAAUGCACUCUCCUACCCGGAGAGAUCGCAAACAUUGAAGUUUCGGCGUACGUUCGAAAUAUCGAGCUGGCUCGAUUACUAAACCAGGGCCAACUGAGUCUGGAGGAAGUUCUUGUCCUCCGAGUGAUCAAUGGUCGAGACCAUUUCAUUUCUGCGUAUGGGAAAUGGCUACCCACCUGUUUUGGCCGCUCCCUUGAAGAGCUCACAAUGAUGCCCGAAUCAGGGGCGCGCAGCCUCAGCAAACACGAGCGUCAGCGAGAAGGCACGGCCGUGCCGUUAUCGGCGCCUCGCGAGCUCUUCCGACUGACCGAAGCUAUAUCGGAGAUGACUGAGCGAGCCGUUGCCGAAUGGAGUAUGACCAGAGGGCACUCGGAGGACGACAUGCCCCCUUGGACCAAGGAACCUUUCGGCUAUGGUUGGCCUUUUGAACCUGAGACAUGGACAUUACGCGACCAAGACGAGCGUCUUUCGCUCCUGGCAGCCGCUCGCGAGGCUCUGGAUACCAACAAGGAUUUACACAUCGUUUUCUCCCCGGAGGUGUCUUGUCUACAUCGUCUUGAGAUCCUCAGCGAAACACUGAUAGUCUUCCUUCGGUCAUUGAAGGACGGCGUCGUCACCAGCACCGUCUGGCAGAACCUAGAUCAACAGAUCCUCGCCCGCGAGAAAACCGGCGCAUCUCCUCUGUCCUGGGAGGAAACCCAAGCGUGGGUGCUGGAGAGCCUCGCCUACUCGCCCGCCCACAGCGUAUCCUUCACCUUCGUAACCUUCAUGCUAGCCCGCAUCGCCAACGAAGUCGCCCCAGCCUCAUCCAUUCCCACCCACGGCCCUCUUAAGAUCCUAUCCCCACCGCCCGAAAAUCGAGCCUCAUCCCAGGAGAAUUCCGCAAAAGACCUCACAUCCCAAGAGCAAGAGCAACAAAAACAGCAGCAGCAGCAGCAACAACAGCAACAACAACAACAACAAGCACCACCACCCCCCUCAUCCUUCAUAUCCGCCAACGCCUUCCGGCGCCGAACCCGCACCUUCAACUCCUCCGUCUCGGAGCCCUCCCCAGCCAUCUCACAAAUGGCCAUGCGCCGCCAAGCGGUCGAAACAGCCCUAGCCACCAUCUUCGCCUCGGUGCUGAUCUCCACGGAGGGUCCCGUGCCCGCGAAGGAGAAGGACCGACGGGCGCUGGAGGAGCGCAAACGGGGCCUCAUUGAGCCAUUCCUGAAAACCAUUGGGGUGGACAGCAAGGGGCCGUCGGGCGGUGUUCCUUGAUUUGUAUGUAACCAUGUUAUUAUUGUAUAGUUCCGAGUAUUUAGUAGAUGGGUAUAGGCAUAGAGUUUUCUUUCUGGCUGGGUGUUUC